CUGGGAUUCCUCAGCUUGAACAUGACUGGAUGAUCACGAAAUCUCCUGCGCCAACCAAAGACUUUUCUCCAUUAACUCAAACACCAAAACCCCACUCUCAGUUCGUGCUGCGUAGCUUCCACCGCUCGACAACUACAAGUAUAACCUACCCAACAACUGUAAUAAUAAAGUAAAAAAUAAAAACCCAGAGAAAAGAAAAGAAGAGAAACGAAGCGAAAGGAGUUUUUUUUUUUUUUGGGUUUUUGGGCACUCUACCAAUGAGCAAAGGCAUGUCUUUUUUCAGUCGUGAUCGUGCGGCGUUAUUGUUGCCAAUAAUCUUGGUGCUAUGUUUAACGAGUAGGAGUAAUAUUUUGCCGGUAGCUGACGCUAUAUGGUUAACGAUUCCAAGUUCAGGAACCAAGUGUGUUUCCGAGGAGAUCCAAAACAACGUUGUCGUUUUAGCUGAGUACUAUGUCAUCGAUGAAAACAACCCUGAUCACAUCCCCACCAUCUCUGCCCGGGUAACAUCUCCUUUUGGGAACAAUCUUCACCAUAAUGAGAAUGCAACUAAUGGUCAGUUUGCAUUUACAACUGGUGAGUCAGGUAACUAUCUAGCUUGUUUCUGGAAGGAUGGCAGUCAUCAGCAAGAAGCUGAACUAACAUUGGGGCUUGACUGGAAAAUUGGAAUUGCUGCCAAGGAUUGGGAAUCGGUUGCAAAGAAGGAGAAGAUAGAGGGUGUUGAACUUGUUCUCAGGAGACUUCAAGGAACAGUGGAAGCCAUCCAUGGUAACCUAAACUAUCUCAAGGACAGGGAAGCAGAGAUGAGGGAAGUCAGUGAAAGAACAAAUGCAAGAGUGGCAUGGUUCAGCAUCAUGUCCCUUGGUGUCUGCAUAACGGUUUCAGUUGUGCAGCUAUGGUACUUGAAGCGCUACUUCCUAAAGAAGAAGCUCAUCUAGAUUAUAAACUUGAGUGAUUUUGUCACACAAUGUUGUCAAAGUUUCAUGAACAAGAAAAACACUAAAUUUCUGUUGUACCAUAGAGAAUUUCUUUCAUUUCUUGCUGAUUUGGGAAUGAAGACGGGUGGUGUAGAGGAAGAUCUUUUUAUCCACAAAAUUUGAAUGCAAUAGUGAGAAAAAAAUUGGAAGAGAAAGUGAA